AUGGAUUCCGCCGCCGUCUCCCACGGUGCUCCAAUCCAUAAGGGAAACAAAUCCUCCGAUUCAAAGGUUAGCAGAAAGUAUAUUAACGAUGAUAUUGCCUUCUAUGUUCUUUCAAAACUUCCCAUUAAAUCAUUGAAACGCUUUGCAUGCGUGCGUAAAUCAUGGUCCAUUUUAUUUGAUAACUCUCAUUUCAUUGCCUUGUUUCGCAACCAUUUAAAAAGCAACUCUUGGAGGGUAGCGGACAUUGAUAUGUCUCAAUGGUAUUUUGGGAAUGCAUUUACGGCUAAUGAAGUGUACAUGGAUGGUGCAUGUCAUUGGUUGGUUACGUGUAAUAAUGAUAAAUCAUGGCUAAUGUCAUUUGACCUUAGUGACGAGGUGUUUUUUACAACAUCCAUGGAUGAAAAUUUGGAUUUUUAUAAACAUUUGGUUGUGUUAAAUGGAUCGAUUGCUAUAAUCUCAAAUCAUGACGAUGAUCUUAUUUAUCAUAUAUCAAUUCUGGGUCAAGUUGGUGUGAAGGAAUCAUGGAUCAAACUACUUAGUUUUAGUACCAUUCCUUCCAUCGACGCGCCCCCAUAUCCGGUUGGAGUUGGGAAGAUGGGAUAUGUUUAUUUUAGAAAAAAAGACGAUGAUCGAUGA